CGUGCUGUUUGCAGAGUAGCAGGGCUCAGUUUAAAGUUACAAGCGGGAGUGAUAGGGUGUAAACACUCCGAGCAGUCAUCUCACAGAUUAAUUAUCUGACUUGUUUCGAAAGGAGGAAAGCCCAGACAAAAUGCCCAACAGUGAGGAGACCAGCGAUGCCCAUGGCAAAGGUCAACAGGAGCAGGACAGAGGAGCUUUGCUUGAUGAGACAACGUCUGCAACAGGAAAAGGCGAUGCCAACAUGCCUGGCCUCUGUAAACCAGGGGUUUCCUGCUCCAGUCCUCCAAGACUAGUAUCCAUGACGGAAGUUUUGGAAACAGCACGAGAUGUGUCCAACAUGGUCAUUGCACAUGAAAUUGUCAUAAACAGCAACUUCCAGAUUCAGAAGAUGGAAUCUCCUAAAAACAGUUUGGAAAGGAAAGUGAAGGAGAUUGUGCACAAAGCCUUCUGGGAUAGCUUGCAGGCACAAUUAGACGAGAAACCACCGCAGUACACUCAGGCCAUUAAGCUGCUCCAGGAAGUUAAAGAGUCACUGUUAUCUCUCCUGCUUCCUGGUCACACCCGUUUGAGGACUCAGAUCAAUGAAGUGCUGGAUAUGGAGUUGAUUGAGCAACAAGCUAAGCAUGAUGCAUUGGAUAUCCAGCGACUGGCUGGCUUCGUUGUAGGCAUGAUGGCAAAUCUAUGUGCCCCAGUCAGGGAUACAGAGAUUAAGAAGCUGAAAGGCCUCACAGAGAUUGUCUCUCUCUUCAGAGAGAUCUUCCGCGUGCUUGACCUGAUGAAGAUCGACAUGGCGAACUUUACCAUGAAGGCUUUGAAGCCUCAUCUAAAGCAAGAGUCCAUCCAGUACGAGCGCAGCAAGUUCCAGGCAUUCCUUGACAAACAACCCAAUGGUUUGGAGCACACAACUGCCUGGCUGAAGGCAGCAAUUGAAAAAACUAUCCAUUCAGUCUCACCAUCUCGUGGUAAUGGUCCAGCAGCAGUGAGCCCGAUAGUGGUGCUGAAUCAAGGCUACGUGAACUUGUUGAAAUGGGACCAGGACACCAACAUUUAUCCAGAGACUCUACUGAUGGACAGAUCACGUCUCCAGGAACUGCAGCAAAGAGUUGAUCAGCUGACUCUGGUGGCCUCCAUUCUAUUGGUAACCAGUAAUGCAGUGGGAGCAGCCAUUUGUGGUUUGCCUGGGUUUGUAGAUAAACUAAAGCAAGUCACUUGUGCCUUGUUGGAUGGGCUGAACUGCAAGUUCGAAGAUGUAUUACUUGCAGUCAGCGACCAGAUAUACAGAGAGCUCGACAAGUCACUUCCUGCCCAUGGGUAUCCUCCCCUGACAAGUGAGCAGGGAGCCAGCUUAAAAGGACAAAUCUGCAGCAUUUCACAGAGAGACAAUGUCAUUUGGAAUCUGAUUGGUGAGCGGGUUCAUUCAUACCUGAAGGGUUUUCUCAACUCCUCGAGUCCACAGAACGGCCUUCAUGUUCUCCCCGGGGGUCUUGCUCCAAUUCAGGCAGAGCUAAAGGAGGUUGGCUGCACCUUCAGCCAUAUUCUGAACCACAACAGGAUGGUGUUUGGACCCUAUUACUCUGGGAUUCUGGCAAAGCUGCUCUUCCCUGACGGUGACGCUGGGAUGGACUCCCGCUGAGUCUGCAGUCAGUUGAUGGUCCAUUGCUUGUACCAGCAAAAAAAAAACAAUUCAUUCUUUAACCAGCUGGAACUAGGACCUUCUCUCAUCACCCUAUGUCUACUCGAAUCUGAACACCAAUAAAUCAUCGUGCGAAGCUGUUCAAAGCAACAUUGUUGUAGAACAUUCUGUUUUCUGCCAAGGGUGACUCAAAGCUUGAUUUUCUCAGCUUCUCCACAAAAAGAACUCUCUGACCUGCUAUUGCUGCCUCCUACUGGAGCAGCACAUGCAACAACAGUCUGUACAUACUUUAAUUGCACUAUUAUAUUUUUAAUAAGCUUGCAUGAGGUGAUAAAUAAAUUCUCCGUAUGGGGUUAGACAGAGAAUAUCUAAGGUAAUGGGUUUCAAGGAUUGCUGUGUAAUCAGGGUCAUAAGAUAAAUCUGUUCAUUGAUUUUGUUCUAAAAUAUUAAUGUUGAUUAUGUUUGUUGCCUCAUGUUUGUUGCAUUGUCCUUUCUACCGCUGUAUAUGGUUCAUGGUGCUGUAACUGCAGGUUUUUAUUUCACUGCAAGGUUAAAAACUGGGGAAGCCUGAAAAAAAUGGAAAUUUCUGAAAACAGACUAUAAAUCCUGUAAAAGAAAAAAUCAAGUUCAGAGUUUGGAUGGUAUUCCUGAUCAGGGUCUAAGUUUGGUGUGGGGGGUGUAAUUCCUGAUCAGGGUCUGAAUUUGGUGGAAGCUGGCAGGGGGUAAUUCCUGAUCAGGGUCUGGGU